AUGAAUGCAAAGGUUCGCAUAGGAAUAAUGUCCACAGCUGAGAUAGCUCACAAAGUGUGUUAGGCAAUCAAUUGCUCUGAUCAUGCUGAAGUCUAUUGUGUAGCCAGUCGAUCCUUAGAAAAAGCAAGAUAAUGGGCAGAUGCUCAUAACAUCAAAAUAGCAUAUGGCUCAUAUGAUGAAUUGUUGGAAGACCCAAACGUAGAUGGAGUCUAUAUUCCAUUGCCAACAUCUUUGAAAAAAGAAUGGGCAAUCAAAGCUGCCAACAAGAAAAAACAUGUAUUAGUGGAGAAGCCAUUGCCUGGAGCUGACUCCUCUAAAUGUUUGGAAGAAAUAAUUAAGAGUUGUGAGGAGAAUGGAGUUUAAUUUUUGGAUGGAACCAUGUGGUUGCAUUCCCUAAGAACAUAAGUUGUGAAAUAGAAGAAAUAGGAAUUAGGAAAAGUCUCAAAAGUGAUAGCUGCAUUUACAUUCAAGGCUCCAAAUGAAGAGUGGUUACAUGGAGGUAAUGGAAGAACAAAUAAAAAUCAAGAACCCCAAGGUUGUUUGGGUGAUUAGGGAUGGUAUCCUGUAGGAGCAAUCCUUUUUGCUUUCGACUAUGAAUUACCAAAAUUUGUUUAAUGUCUCUAGUACAAAUUAAAUAAAGUUGAUACGAUUAUCGAAUAUUCUGGAUUCAUAGAAUUUUCAGAUUAAAGAUAUGCUUACUUCGAUUGUGGAGCUACCUCCGCUCAUAGAUCCUAUGUAGAUAUUAUUUGUGAAAAUGGACAAAUCAGAAUAGAUGAUUUAGUUGGAGGAUUUGGUAGAACAGGAAACUUCAAUGCCUAUUUUGAAAACUUUGUUGGAAGUGAGAGGUUCUUUGUAGACGAUGUUUAGGGAAAGGAGGAAGUCGUUAAGGUUGAAGCUUCGAAUCACACAGUAAAAAUGAUUGAUACCUUUGCUAAUAUCAUCCAAUCCAAAAAGACUGAUGAUUCAUGGCAUCACAGAAGUUUGACUACUCAUAGAGUGUUGGCAGCCUUAUUCAGAGCUACUUAGAAGGUUGGAGAGAAGUUUUAAAUCUUAUGA